CGCCAGUGGUCCGGUCACCCACCACUAUAGAAUGGAGCUGGUAAGCAACGCUAGACUUUGAAUGGGCAGUGCGUGUUCCAGCCACGCGCACCAGGUGGGCGCUUUUGACCUAGAAAGAGGGCUCAAAUUGGCGAUUCAUGAGAAGAAGUAUCGUUUCCUUGCUCGCCAGUAGCUCGCACUCUCUCCUCAAGCCCUAGGAUCGAAUGCGCGCGCCAGACAGAUCUGGCUAGGUCUUGGGCAAUCUGGACGAGAAAUGGCUGCCACAGCCGCAAUUGGCCUGUGCUCUUCGAUUGGCUCGAUAACGGAGGUUUGCAGCAGCUCCAGCAGCUCCAGAAUUGUGGAGGUCGCAAGGAUUGGCUGCAUCCAUCGAGAUUUUGGUAGAUUUCCCAGGAAGGCUGCGCUCGUGAGAGCUUGCUCCAUUGGUGGAGGAGGAGGAGACGCUCGUCUUCCUCCCAGUCACAGGGCCAAGGCUGCGAGUUUGGCAGCUCUAGAACAGCUCCGAAAUGCCGGCGCCGACAGAUACACUAGCGAGAAGAGCAGCAUUCUAGUGAUAGGAUUGAGCGUCCACACAGCUUCGGUGGAGCUACGUGAAAAGUUGGCCGUGCCAGAGGCGGAAUGGCCACGCGCUAUCGGCGAGCUCGUCUCUCACAACCAUAUAGAGGAGGCGGCGGUUUUAAGUACGUGUAAUCGCAUGGAGAUUUACGUGGUGGCUCUCUCGUGGCACCGUGGUGUCAAGGAGGUGACCGAGUGGAUGUCCAAGACUAGUGGAGUUCCUCUGGAAGAACUCCGGCAGCAUUUGUUCAUACUACGCGACCGAGACGCGACGCAGCAUUUGUUCAAGGUGUCGUCCGGAUUGGACUCGCUGGUGCUGGGCGAGGGGCAGAUUCUCGCGCAAGUCAAGCAGGUGUUCAAGGUCGGGCAGGGUGCCAACGGAUUCGGCAGGAACUUGAAUGGGCUCUUCAAGCAGGCGAUCACGGCUGGCAAGAGAGUCCGGACGGAGACGAGCAUUGCGGCCGGGGCGGUGUCGGUGAGCUCCGCGGCGGUGGAGCUAGCAGCGAUGAAAGUUGCGAGCUAUGGAGGGCUCUCCGCGGCUCAAGUCGUGAUCGUCGGUGCCGGGAAGAUGUCCAAGCUGCUCGUCAAGCACCUCAUCUCCAAAGGCUGCACCAAGAUGGUGGUCGUCAACAGGACGCAGCAGCGCGUGAGCGAGCUCCAGGCCGAGUUUCCAGACUCCACGCUCGAGUACCAGCCUCUGGACGAGAUGAUGAGAUGUGCCGGGGAGGCCGACGUUGUCUUCACGAGCACAGCGUCAGACCAGCCACUCUUCUACAAAGAUGACGCUGAGAAGAUCCCGGCUGCUCCUUUGGGAACCAGGUUCUUCAUCGAUAUCUCGGUCCCUCGAAACGUUGCGGCCUGUGUUGCCGAGGUCCCCUCCGUCAGGCUCUACAAUGUGGACGACUUGAAAGAGGUGGUGGCCGCCAACCAGGAAGAGAGGAGGAGGAAGGCCAUGGAGGCCCAGACCAUCAUCGAGGAGGAGCUGCGGAGCUUCGAGGCGUGGAGGGACUCGCUGGAGACGGUGCCGACGAUAAAGAAGCUGCGAGCUUACGCGGAGAGGAUCCGGACGAGCGAGCUGGAGAAGUGCCUGGCGAAGAUGGGAGGCGACGAGUUGUCCAAGAAGAACAGGAAGCUCAUCGAGGACCUCAGCCGGGGAAUCGUCAACAAGCUGCUCCACGGGCCCAUGCAAAACUUGAGAAGCGAUGGCAGUGACGCCAGGACGGUGAACGAGACGCUGGAAAACAUGCACGCUCUAGAGAGGAUGUUUGAUCUCAAAGCCGAGCUUGGUGGUCCCCUGGAGCUCAGAUCCGCCAAGCAGCCCCCACCAGCAGCACCACCUUCCAGCUGACCACCACAGAAAAUCCGCUCGCUACGGACGAUCGAACGAUCUCGGAAAGGUUUGUCUCUUCUUCUUUAUGUUUUUGAGAGCUGAGCUGACGGAAUAACACGGCACUGAUACCAGUGCCUUGGAUUACUCCUGGAAAUUGUAAGAAAACAUUCAUAUGAAAUCAAACGCGGCACAUUGUCGGUGUCCAAAUCCAAUCA